UUGAUAUUCAACCUCUUCGCUUCCGAAAUUUUUAAACAGCUAUGUGUGCCAGGCCCUCAGAGUAAUUAAUUCAUUGGUCGUGUAUCUGGAAUAUAAUAGACCAUUAUCUCUGCCACGGCCACAGUGAGACGCAGGAGCUAAAGGACACAGAAAGAGGGAGAUAGUGAGAGAGUGAGAGACGAAGAACACAAUGGCUGGCAAACAUGUCCUUCUCGUAGCGCUCCAAGUUGUAUUGUUUUCUGACUGUGUCAAUUCGCAGGCGGUUCCUCUUCCAGGCCAGCGACUACCAAUAACCAACGGUUUCCUUUUAACGCAGACAAAUGCCUUCGGUCCAAGAGUAGCUAAUGGUGUGCCAGUGGGGAGACCAAUCCCUGGCAUUAACGAUGAAAGAGAAUGUUUAGCAGCCUGCAUCCAGGACGGCACGUGCGCCGCUGUGGACUUCUUCCGGGCCACCACCACGUGCAUCAUCCAGUCGUCGACCACUAUUUGCGUCCCGCCGAGCGUCGGGACUGCUGUCACCGUCUACACUAAGUUCCCGUGCGGCUUUGACGUCGUGUCCAGGAACGCGCACGUGCCAGGCGGCACCAUGCAGCCGAAUUUCAGCGGCACGGCUCUCCAGUGUUUACAGCUGUGCCUUAGCAACCCUCAGUGUCGGGCCGCUGACUACAACCAGGACGGGUCUUGCUGGCUCCACGGGGAAGACACGGCCUGCAACGCGCUGGUCAAGAAACCGAACUGCGACCACUACGUGCGAGUGGGAGCGUGUAUAGUUGCAGAUACGCCACCUAGGGACUUCGCCUCGGUCAGCCGUAACACUGCUAUCCAAGGUGGGGUGCUCCAGCGAGGUCUUCACGAGCCCCGUCAGUGCCUCCUCUACUGCCAGGUGAACGACAACUGCCGUGCUUACGACUUCAACUUCAGGGACCGGACCUGCUUCCACCACGACCAGAACACCGUCUGUAAUACCCGGAUGUCAGUGCAGCAGGUGAUCCACGUGACCAAGUGCACGAGCUGCGCGGGAGGACAGUGCAUGCUGCUACAAACACCAACGCCAUCAACGGCACCAACAACAUCCAAUACGGUCGCCCCGACAGCAGGGGCAGUGACGAACCCUCCCUUUAUCAUCGCCUCUGGGUCUGGGAUGUCAGUAACUCAAGGCGUUCACAUAAUCGGUGGAAUCCUGCAGCCAACAAUCCGAAACUUCACAAUGUGUGCGACCACGUGCCUCAGUUUCUCUGUUGAAAGUUGCCCAGGCUUCGACUUCAACGCCGCCCAGCGGGCGUGCUUCUUCCACACCAACACCACCAUCUGUAACGACCUGGUGGCCAAGCCGUCCUGCACUAACUACCGGAGGGUACCCUGUGGAUCGGGCAGCGGAGGGACGGGACAAGGCUUCACCCAGAACGUCCACAUUAUCGGCGGCGUCCUGCAACCCUUACUUCGUGAUCUUGCCUCCUGUAUGGCCAUGUGCUCCCAACUGUCCCUGGAGAGUUGUGGCGGCUUUGACUACAGCAGUGACCAGCGUGCCUGCUUCUUCCACACUAACCGCACCAUCUGCAACAACUUGGUGCCCAAGCCAAACUGCGUCAACUUCCGCCGUCAGUCGUGCAGUGCAGACACGAUGACUACGAUGACUACGAUGCCUACCACUGAGACCCCGAACACCGCCGUGUCCAUGCCCACACCCCCCUCCUUCCCAAACGGAAUCAUACAAGUCAAUCCUAUGAGUCAAAUCCUGGGUGGAGUCUUAGUGGACAAUGCAAAUAACGUGAGCACGUGUAACCUCAUCUGUCAGCUGACCUCUGUCCACGGGUGCGCAGCCUUUGACUUCAACCACAUGACCCGCAGGUGUUUUCUUCACGGUUACAGAACUGCCUGCAAUACCAUACUGCGCAAUGAGAACGUGACACAUUAUAGGCGCCAGCUAUGCCCAAAACAUCCAAACAAAGUUACGAAAGCAGCCACUACCCGCCACACUUAUCCCCCGACAACCACAACUACAACCACAACUACAACCAAGGCACCUCGCACCUAUCCCACAAUGCACCACGGCUAUAACAUGGAAACUUUACCCACCACGGCCUCCGAGCCUACUAGACCCACUUCACCAAGCACUUAUCAAACCCAUCCAACAGUGCCGCACACGUAUCCAACAGCUCCGCCAUCAACCUCUCCCACAAUGCCUCACACCUAUCCCACAAUGCCUCCAACCUAUCCCACAAUGCCCCCAACCUAUCCUGGCCCGGAUGCCAGCCCAGAACCUACGCCCAAGCACCCGAUUUACGCCAGACCCAUGCCCGGAAUGCAAGAAAUGCCAGACAUGCCAAAAGCCGAAGAGGGCUACCCAAUGCCAAUGAUGCCAAACAUGCCACAAAUGCCUAACAUGCCAGACAUGCCUCAAAGACCAGUUCACGUGUUCCCUAUCCAUUAUCACUUCCCGAUGAUGAUGAUGAAAACGGAGGCAACCACCACCAUGAAACCAACUACAAUGUCCACCACACAACCUACCACAACUACAACAAGACCAACCAUGAAGACCUACCCUCCACCUACCAUGAAAACCUAUCCUCCACCAACCAUGAAAACCUACCCUCCACCAUCCAUGAAAACCUAUCCUCCACCAACCAUGAAAACCUACCCUCCACCAACCAUGAAAACCUAUCCUCAACCUUCCACUUCCCAUAUGACAUACCCGCAACCUACAACAAGCUCAACCAUGAGAACCUACCCUCAACCAUCCACCACCACCACAAUGAUGACGUACUCUGAACAUAUGCCGACAGCUCCUGCAGGUACUUGCGGCUCAUGCUCCCAGCCUGGGCAAUACAUGGCGGCGUCCAACCCUAACCAGUUCUGUCUGUGUGACGGCAGCCGCCUGGCCCACUUGAUGACCUGUGCCUCGGGGACCGAGUGGUGCCAAGUCAAACUCACGUGCGAUUUCCCAGGAUCCUGCUCGAGCGGAGCAGUCCAUAAUGGUAACAAUGGGCAGACGCAGACGACAAAGAAGACCAAAAGAUAUUAAAUGACGUAUUGAAAUAAAGUGGAUGGAAUUAUCAAUAAUCCGUGGGGAAAAAAGGCUAAAACUUGCUUUUUUUCUCUCGUUUUCACACACUUUGCUGUCAAAGGAGAGAAAAUAAAUUACAAAGAAGAUCAAAUAAAAUAUAUUUCCUUCACUUGAGACAUGAACGAGGACUACAUCCUUCACUUAAGGAGAGUUUACGUGAAGUGUAGUUAUGGACUACGGAUGGUAAGGGAAUCAGGACAUUAACAUUUUAUAGAUAGCUUGUGUCCCAUGUUCAGAGAAAUGACUCCUUGUAUAUCAGUUGUCAAAGGAUUGUCUGAUUCGUUCCAAAAAUUAGGGUUUAUUCUUUUUCCUUUUUUUAUUUUAAAUGGAGUGCAAGUGGACCGUCUUCCAGGUACUAAUGCGCUUGAUGGGUCCAGACCAAACAAAGUGCAAUAGAUCCAUUACUUAUUAACGUCUUGGAAGCUAUAAAGAACUGAUUUUAUCAGGACGUUAGCAAACAAAUUGAAAGAGUUAAUUACAAUUGCACGCAUGGCAAUAUAAUAUAAUUAUAUUAGGCUCUCAAAGGCAUGUGAUCGAUAUAUGUUACCGAAGCUUAUGAACCAUUUAUGCCUAGUUUAUUUUUUGUUUGGGCAAGGGGUUUAUUGAAAUCAUCACUGUACCCAAUUAAGAAUAUGUCUGAAGGAUACUAUUAUUUGUUAUCCGUUAUCCGGUGCUGCGUUUCUGUCGCCAUGGCACCGUAUGUAAACAAGCUGAUCUUGCAAAGAGAUGCGUGGUCUUUAAUUAACCUUGACCUUGAAAACGGACUUACUCUCUUUUUUUUCCUAUGUCGUGUAUGUAUUCUGGAACUUUGGUAUGUGCAUAUGUAGUUAAUUAAUAUUCCAAUGUGAAAUACAUGGGUUUGGUGUCUCAUAUACAUAUAUACGUAGGGUUAGAGGGGAAACGGUCAAUGCAAAUCCAGCUAGAUGGAAUGUAGAAAACAUUUAUUUGUUAAAAAUAAACUAUACAUAAUCGAAAAUUA